AUUAUAUUACCCUGAUUUGUUCGCUGCAGCUCUCUGUUCUUCAAGGCCUCACUUUUCACCUCCUCUAAAACCCACCCUAAAUCCUCAACUCCCUUAAGCACCCAAAUCAUCAUUAAUGCGAUGUCUCUCUUCAGAGCCCUCCUUCUCAGUCCCCAAAACCCUCUCUUCAACUCUCGCAAACCUUUCUCCUCCCCUUUCCGAUUUGCUAUCUGCAGAACCCUUGCUACUUCCUCCUCUCCCCAACUCGAACCCGAUACUCAAACUGAACAAAACAAAAAGCUUAGCCUUGUAUUUCAAGAAGCAGUAGGUUUAUGUGAAAAAACGGAACCGGACAUCGAAAAUGAAAGCCAAAGCAAUGGGGUGAAGAAGAAAUUAUUGGAGCUAGAGAGAGAAGUGAGGGAUUUAAGAGAAGCAGAUUCGAAGAACGACGAAGGAAAUCGGAAUGUGAAGAAAAUUGAAACAGGGAAACGCAAGAGUUUGUAUGCGAUGUUUACAGGAGAGAAACUUGGAGAGAAAAUGGAAACGCAGAGAAGGGAGUCGGAAGGACCCAGGGUUUUUAAAGAGUUUUCGCCGGAUAUGAAAAUGUUAGUGAACCAUUUGUACCAGCAUGGUUAUUUUAAGGAUGCUAAUUUUUUGAGAAGGGGUGAGCUAGAUUUUAGUUGCUUUUAUGAUAGUUAUGGUAGGGAUUAUAUCAAGUAUGCUGCAGAGAAGUUUGGCCAGGAUCAGCAAGAAAUUGCUAAAUGGUUGUCAGGCAGUGACUUGAAAAAGUUGGCCCUCUUUGGUUGUCCCUCGCUUACAAAAAAGAAUGUUUUCUCUGCUAAAAGAUUGCGCAAUUAUUUUGAAAUUAAAGAGGACACUGUAUGUGGUAAAUGUGUCUUGAAAGAUUCAUGUAAGUUCGUGAAUCAGAGUGUAUGGAAAGGUGAUUACAAGACUUUGAAUUUAGCUGUUGUAAUGCGGGUCAUCACUUUAUAUGCUUUGGAGGAAGUGCAUCCAGAGUUGCCAGUGCCAGAUGAGAUAAAGGCCUCUGUCAGCCGGUUGCUAAACGAAGUUGUAAAGUUGAGUGAAACUAUAUCAUGAGGCUACACGCAUAGACCCAGAUGUGAGUGCUUUCAACUAAUCAUCAUUGUAAUUUCUCUUAUGAUGGCUACACAUUUGAUUUUGCUGCAAUCAUUUUUACACCAUCAUUAUGUGUAUAAAUUAUUAAGCUAUUUUGGACUCGUUAAGCAUAUUUACAAGCAUGAAGUGAACCAGGGUAGGGAUUGUUGAUGUAAACUGGGAAUCUGAUUAAUGACUGGUUUGAUGUGAUCUGGUUAUUUUUA